AUGAAAAGUGUGGACUUGAUAAAUAUCGGUGUAACAUUCUGUGUCGUUUUAAAAUGUGUUAUUGGUGAAAAACAUUUUGACACAGAUCAAUAUAUUGCACUUCUGGAUACUAAAGCUAGUAUCUUCCCUGGCAUGCUUACUAAAGUGUUAUAUUUAAAGAAUAACGAUAGAGAAAUUACGGGAGCCCAAAGGACCAAAAGAGAAGGAAGAGAAUCAAAUUUUCGUUAUUCAUAUUAUGACGAACCAUUGUCACAUUAUCAAGAAAGAUCUUCUAGGCCAUCGCAUUAUUGGUCAUAUACUCCUCAUCUACAUUCAUUAUAUGGAGAACGUGAAUCAGUACGACCACCACCGCCUCCGCCGAACAAUCUUUAUUUAUUACAUAAUGAAAAUCAAUUUCCUCUUAGAGUCCCCCGAGAAGACUUUUCGUAUGACUUUGAUGAAAAUCGUGGGCCAAAUAGAGGUCCACCGCCAAAUCGAGGUCCACCACAAAAUAGGGGUCCUCCAUCAAAUAGGGGUCCUCCGUCAAAUAGAGGUCCUCCGCCAAAUAGGGGUCCCCCGCCAAAUAGGGGUCCUCCGCCAAAUAGGGGUCCUCCGCCAAAUAGAGGUCCACCGCCCAAUAAAGGACCACCUCAUAACAGAGAACCCUCACCUACUUAUAAUGAUGACUUUAUUUAUGAAUCUCCUGUAGAAUCUAAUAAAAACGAUCAAACACACACAAUGACAACUCACAAUAAUAUUUAUUAUUAUCAAGAUAAAGUGACAUCAACUUCACCUCUACCUAAUUAUGGUAAUGUAAAUGAGGGAAACGAUAAUUCUGGAAAAACCCAAAACUCGUCUGCUGAUCGGUUCUUGUUCCAAGCGCAACCAGUCGUGCCAGAACAA